AUGGUUCAAAACGUUGUAGCUCCAAAGCUGCGCAGCCUGUUUAACGGCGGUUACUUUAAUACCGUCUGGUUGUUGUUGGAUACCGCUGAGCAGAGGAGAUAUAUCCUUGAGGGCCUGAAGAAGGCAUCCGACUCGGAGGCGCGUACGUUCUGGGGCCAAGAUUGUCGUGCUCUUUGCCCGGAGGUCACAGUUUCAAACUUCCUAUCGGAGGGCGGGAAGGGUUUCGUCAAAUUUCUCACUCGUUUCUUGAAGACCUUCGAGUCGUCUGGUCCCUACUACACCAGCGCUCCUACCAAACUCAUGGUGUUAUCAAUUUUACAUGACAUUGUCCAUCGUAGCGAUGGGAUGAAAGAUGCCCUGCACGUCAUGGACAAUACGCCAGGAUACUUCGCUCAAUCUUUAGCGGAGACAAAAACGGCUAUCAGGGACAAACCUUGUAUCCGCUGCGAGAACUGCACGAAGACACCAGAAGACAUCGGUCAAGGUGUUCGUUUCAUGGUGUGCGGUACUUGCAAAGGAAAACUCAACUUCGAGGUACAUUAUUGUUCUCAAUCCUGCCAGAAAGAAGACUGGCCCGUUCACAAAAAGGCUUGUGGCAAGAAGAAAGUGUCAAAGGGCCUGAGCGGAACCAAGGGAGACAAAUUUUGGGUACUGGACACUCCUGUCGCCGACAUGCUUCGUAGCCUCCCACAGCCACGGGAUGGGAGUUUUACCAUCCGAGACAUUGGCGUAGGUCCCUGCAAGGGCCAGCGUUCCCCUGCCGCGGAGCGUCAAACCAAGAUGCUUGAAGCCGACAAAAAUGUCGAUUAUUUCCUCUUCACUGCCAGUGGUGAACCAGUUCGCUUUGUGAUCGAUGAUCCAGGGGCGAAAAUGAUAUUCCGGGUCGUCCGGGGUAUGAUCAUGACGGACACCGCUAACAAGGGUGUUGAGUCUAUAGCGGAGUACAUACUCAAAUUCAUGAGCGGAUAUCCUGGAUUGAGCCGGGACAUCAUCCUGAAGCAACUCUGUGCGGAAUACGGAGAGGGCAUUGCCGAAGGGGUGGUGCUGGUGGAGCGGGACAGUCGAAAAAGGGGAGUGAACACGUUGAUAGAGAGUUUGAUAAAGGAUUCGUCGGGCGUGUUUGGGAGUUUCUGGCCUCUGAUGUGA